AUGGCGUCACGCAGGGCUCGUCGACCCAACAACAACAACCACCACCACAAUCAGAACAGCGGUCAUCACAAUCACCAGAGCCACAGCCAGGGGUACUUCCAAGGUCCGGGCUACGAUUCAGACUUUCAGGCUUACCUCUCCGAUCCACAGCAACUGAUCGAACAGCAGAAUCAAAGCAUGGUUUCGGCCCCUCCGCGCACAAAUGAGGACCUGAACCUUUCCGUCUUACAGAGACACAACCCCGCAGUGAAGUCGAUUCAAUCCAUUGCGCCGUUUGCGGUCGUUUACACAUUCAGUCCAUCUACACGGCAGUGGGAGAAGACCGGGGUUGAGGGCACUCUCUUUGUUUGUCAGUUAGUUGCGGGAAGUCUUGGGGAAGAGCGAUACAGUGUGUUCGUGCUGAACCGACGUGGACUGAACAACUUUGAUCUUCCAUUGACGGACAAUGAGAACGUGGAGAUCACGGAAGAAUACAUUAUUCUCAAGUCCGAUACCAACCCUGAACCUGAUACCUCCAGGGCGAACAGCCACAUUCGCAUAUACGGCCUUUGGGUCUUUUCCGAGCCCCCUCCAAGUUCCACGUCAGAAACACGGAACAUCAAUGCCCAGGUUAUUCGGGAAUGCGCUUCUAUUGCUGGCCAAAGUCUGAAAUUAGCGCGCGAUCGACUUGAAGCCGCGAGCCAAAACGGCCUCCAUGCCGCUGUAACAGCUGCUUCGACCACCGCGGAUCCAUUGGAUGAGAUGCAAGCCAGUGUUCCGAUGGGCCGCCAAAUUUCCCUCAGGGAUUUGUUUGGGCAGGAAAGGGCGCAAGACGAUGCAUGGAGUGUGAGGGCACAUAGCCAACCAGCACAGGGGCAGGCCCCUGCGUUGGACGGGCCGCCUAUUGAACCAAACCUACAGCAGCCGGAUGUCUUGGGGGAUCUUUUUCGAAGAAGCGGGCUAGCGUAUCGAACCGGGCCGAAUUCUUGA